AUGUUUUUUUGUCAAAAUUUAGAGCAUGAAGGAAGUUCAAUUGUCGGUUUUUGCCUUUCUGCUGAUUGUCAGGAGCCUAAAUCUCAAUUUUGUGUGAAUUGUCUAAUCAAUCCUUAAAAACAUUUAAAUUGUAGAAUUGACUGCAAACCAUUUGAUAAAAUCGAUCUAAUCCUAGAUUUAAUUAUAUAUAAGCUAGAUUAAUUUUAAGAAAAAGCUGAUUAGAACUUUGAAUAGUUUAAAUGUGAGUAUUAAAAUACUAUCAAAAUUAUUUAAAAAGAACAGCAAAAGUUUAAGGAGAUAGCCAAAAACUUUAAAGAAUAAAAAUUUAAGGAAUUUCUUGAUAAUAUUGACAGAGUAAAGAAUUGGAAUACAAAAAUAAAAUAGACUUAAUUUGAGAAAGAAAUUAUCGAUCUCUGUAUUCAUAAUAUUUUACAAUUAGGGUUGAAACAAGGAAUUGAAUUAAUAAACUAGUAGGAAUACUAAAGAGCUUUAGAAAAAUUUGAGAAAGUUUUAAAAGAAGACUCAAAAAAUUAUCUGGCAAAAUUUUACUAAAGUAUAAUAAAAUAAAAAUAAGGUGUUACUUUAAUGUAAUAAAACAAAAACUAUCUAUCUUUUUAAUUACUAGAAGACUUAUAAAUAGAAUAUCCAAACUUUUAAGAAUAAGCUCUAAUCACUCUAAAGGAAAAAUUAAGGAUAAAAAGCAAUAAUAUAGCUACAUUGAUGUUAUAAAGUAUCAUAAAAUAUAAUUAAAAGUCUAUUCUAUGA